AUGUUUGACAAUUAAAAAAUUACACCUUAGUUUAUCAAAUAAUGUUUAUAGACUACAGAAAAUUACAAACAAACUGUAUUAAUCAAAUAAGCUGUUUAAAAUAAUUAGGUACAUCUAUUUGAAACUAUAUGUAUAACAAUAACAGAGAUACUAGCUUUGAAUGAUCAAAAUCCACCAUUUGCUAAAUUAUAUGCUGUUAGAGUAAGUCUCUUAAUUCUAUCUUUUUAGUUAAGCAAAGAAUUAAUGGAUAUUUUUAAUCUGACAUUUGUAUAUUUAUUUGAAAAACACACAAUAGAAUCAUUUAUUUAUUAUUCAGAAUUUGGUGAUCCAAAUGAUCAACAAAGAGGAAGAACAAUAUUUUAAAUAGAUUCAGGUAUUCAUAAUCUAUUUUUGCUUUAGACAAAACUAUUAGAUAAAUUGGAAUAUCCCUUUCAAGAUUUACUUCAGAAUGUAUUAAUGCAUGGGCUUUGUUUUUUCCUGAAACUCCAUCUGGUGAACCAACUAAAUUUAUAAAAUUAUAACAAAAUAUGAUAAAUAAAGGAUUUAAAUUUGAUACCUGGGAUUAUUAUAAAUAAGACUUUGUAAAAAAAUAUGAAAAAAAGUAAACAAAUUAAAAUGUUUAAACAGUUUAAAUACCAAAUGGUUAAAAAGGUAUUAUUUUAGAAAGAUAAAAAAUUUAUAUUUUAAGUUGUCAAAAGUUAUUAGAUUUAGUUGCAGAUAUAUGUUUAAAAAAUCAAUAAUGGGUUCCUGAUUUAUUUAUAAGAUAUGAAAAUGAAAUUAUAGCUAAAAAUAAUGAUGUGGAAAUAUUAGUUAAUUAACUAAAAAGUAUAAAUUAGGAAGAUUUAGCAAAAUAGAUUAUUGAAUAAGCUGCUAAAUUAAAAUAAUUAGAAAAUGAUUUAAUUUCACUUAAUAGGGCAACUUAUAUGGAAUUUAGAAGGAAAUAUAUUUAAGAUCCUACAAAAGAUGGAGAAAAAUCAAUUAAAUAUGUAGGGCCAGUUAAGACUCAAGUAUUACAUUAACCUUCAGUUGCUUUGAGUUCUGAAGAACAAAUUUUAUCGAAUCAGUUCUUAUAAACUUAAAAAAUAUCAAUUUAAGAAUAAUCAAAUGUAAAUUUACAAAAAAACGAUACAGUUUAAUUGCAAAAACAAUUAGAAGAAGAAAGAAAUAAUUGUCGCUAUCUUUAAGGAUAAAAUGAAAAAUUAGAAUAAGAAAAAAUGUAAAUUUAGUAAUAACUUACUAUGAUUCAAUAAGAAUUUAAUAAUUAUAAAAUAAACUCUGAAAAGUUGAUAAAAUAAUCAAAAGAUGAACAUAAUUUAGAGAUAAAUAAUUAUAUUAUAGAAAGAUAAAAGCUAUAUUCAGAAAAAUAAACCAUGUUAAGUUAAAUAGAAUAAUUAAAUAAACAAUAAAUAAAUGGAAUAGAAUAAUAAAAUAAUGAAUAGAUAACGUAAUUAAAAAGAGAGAUUGAAAAUUUGAAAUAAAAUUAGGAAAUUAAAAUUAACAAUCUAUCAAUACAAAUAGAUGAAUAUCAAUUAAAAAUUAAAGAAUAAUAAACCAAUCAAGAAAAUUUGAAUUUGUAAUUAAAUUUGUAUAAGGCUUAAUUGAAAUAAAAAUAAAUAGAAUAUUAGAUUCUAGAGGAAAAAUAAAAUAAGGAAAGUUUAAUAUUAAAAUAAUAAGUAAUUGAUACUCAGAAAAAAGUUAAUGAAAUUUAAAUAUAACUUGUUAAAAAAGACGAAGAGUUCAAAUAAUUAGAUUCAAUUUAUUAAGCAUUACGAAAAGAAAACUAAUUAAAAAAAAAAAAUUUGGAAUCUUAAUAAUAAACAGAUCGAUUUCGCCAAAGUAAUAAUAUUGAUAAUUAAAACAAAACUAUAUUAAAAUAGUAGUAAUUUGAAAUUGAUCAUCAAAAGACAAAUAAUUUAUUUACUGUAGAAGAAAAUGAAUUAAAUUAAAAUAUACAACAAAUUAACUAAGAUCUAGAUAAUAUUAAUAAACCCAAGUAUUAAAUACUUCAACGCCCAAUUUUCUUCAAGCAUUUUCCUUAAAAUCUAAAAUUUUAAAAUGAUUAAGUGCCUUAAAGAAGAAGACCUAUUACUAGUGAAAAUUUAGAUCUAAUUUUCCCUUACUAAACUCCUUAAGAAUAUUAUUAAAAUAAAAAAUAAAAAUUAAGAAAAGGCAAAGAAAUUAAUUUCUUAUAAGAUUUUUAUGACCUAUCAUAUUUGAACCAAGAAAAUUAAGUUUUCUUUAAAUAGAGAUGCUUAGGAUCUUAAGGUAUUCUAUUUGUAAAUUGUUGGAUUGAGUUAGGUUUGUCCUAUUAGACUUAAGUAUCAUAAAACAAAGCUUAUUUUUCUUAUGGGUUGUAUAUAAAAUAAAUAUAAAAAGGAAAAAAAGAUAUAAAAGUUGAUUAUUUGGAAGUUGAAAGUAAUCAUUUUUUGUAAUAUUAGAAUUCUAACAAUUUUGGGCAUCAAAAUAGACAUUUUCAAAAUAAUAAGUUUAAGAUUCAAAUGAUUUAAUAGAGAUAUUGGUAGAAUCAAAUGUAUUUAUUUAAUAAGUUUUGACAUUGAUGAUUUCUCUAUCUGGAAUAAAUUCAUUCUAAAUUUCUAUUCCAAUUUACAUAUGCUAAUAAAUAAUUUAUUCAGAUAUCAAAAUUGGUGAUUUUAAAAAUGGAUGGAAAAAGAAGUACAAUUCUAUAAUUAGAACAUCUAUGUUAAAGUUAAAUAAACAAAUAAUGAAAGAUAUUAAUAAUUUCAUGAAGUUAAUACCAAAAAUAAUAAUUAUAAAUCCAAAUAAAAUUCAAGAUUUUGAAAUUGGUUAAUCUGCAAUUAAAUUGGGAGGCUAAGGAAAAUUAUAAGACACUGAAUUCUUGAUAAAAGUAUAAUUAGAUAUAAAUUUUAUUUUAAGUUUGAAAUUUUGCCAACUGACAUGAUAUACAUUUAUAUAUCAUACAAAUCUGACUUGAAUACUAAUUAAAAACAAAAACUUUAGUAGAUAUUAAAAGGAUAUGCAUUAAUAUUUAUAGAAAAUAAUUAUGCAUGA